GUCAACGUGGUUUGUGGCCUCCGGUGAACUUUCUGCAACUUUAGUUGGCAUUUAGCACUGUCAACAAGCACAUCGUUGUCGUGCACGGGAUCCACGUGGCGCGUGCGCGUGUCUGCGUCAAUUUCAUUUGCGCGUGCCUGCCUCAGCGUCCGCGUGUAUGUAUAUGCGCGUGUCUGCGCGUGCGCUUGCGCGUCCACGGUCAGUGUGCAGACUGCAAGCAGAGAAGACGCGUCUGCAACGCGAAUUACUGGGCUCCGGCUAAUUCCUGCCUUGGACAAAACUCUCAGGUGCCAUGGCUGAACGGGUGCUGGUGGUUGGCGGAGGAGGGCGGGAGCAUGCCCUGGCGUGGAAGCUGGCCCAGUCGCCGCACGUCCGGCAAGUCCUGGUGGCGCCGGGAAACGCCGGGACGCUGGACUGCGGCAAAAUCAGCAACUCGGCGGUGUCUGUGAGUAACCACGCCAUUUUGGCUCAGUUCUGUAAGGACCACCACGUUGGGCUGGUGGUGGUCGGCCCCGAGGUUCCGCUCGCAGCGGGCAUCGCGGACGACCUGGCGGCGGCAGGAGUGCCGUGUUUCGGCCCGUCUUCCAAAGCCGCCCAGUUGGAGGCCAGCAAGAGCUUCUCCAAGGCCUUCAUGGAGCGCCACGGCAUCCCCACGGCACGCUACGGCUCAUUCACCGACCCCGAGGAGGCGUGCGGCUACAUCCGCACGGCUGACUUUCCGGCGCUGGUCGUGAAGGCCAGCGGCUUGGCGGCAGGCAAAGGAGUUAUUGUGGCACGUGACCGUGAAGAGGCCUGUCGGGCAGUGAUGGACAUCAUGAAGGAUCGAGCGUUCGGCUCUGCGGGUGACACGGUUGUGGUGGAGGAGCUUCUAGAAGGAGAGGAAGUAUCGUGUCUGUGCUUCAGCGACGGCUCUUGGGUGUCGCCGAUGCCUCCGGCACAGGAUCAUAAACGUCUGCAAGAUGGCGACCGGGGACCAAACACAGGCGGCAUGGGCGCCUACUGUCCGACUCCUCAGGUGAGCCAGGAGCUGCUGGUGCAGAUCCGAGAGUCGGUACUUCAGAAGACCGUGGACGGGAUGAAGCUGGAGGGAACUCCCUACGUUGGCGUUCUGUACGCCGGGCUGAUGUUGACCCAGCAGGGAAUCAAAGUUCUGGAGUUCAACUGUCGCUUUGGAGACCCUGAAUGUCAGGUCUUGCUUCCCUUGCUGAAGAGCGACUUGUAUGAGGUCAUCUUGAACACCAUGAACGGCAAGCUGGCCUCCAGCGCCCCCGAGUGGCACCGGGACAAAUCUGCAGUCACGGUGGUGAUGGCGAGUGCCGGCUAUCCUGGCGCCUACAGCAAGGGAGUGGCGCUCACUGGUCUGUCCCAAGUUGAGGACACAGGGAUUCAGGUGUUCCACGCAGGUACAGCGUUGAAGGACAAACAAGUCGUCUCCAGCGGCGGCCGUGUCCUGACGGUCACGGCGGUCAGACCGUCGCUCGGGGCUGCGCUGCAGGCGGCCAAUCAGGGCGUGGCGGCUGUGGGCUUUCCUGGUGCCGUGUACCGCCGCGACAUCGGCCAUAAGGCCAUUGUCCAUUUGAAGCAACGCAGAGGCCUGACCUAUAAGGAGAGCGGCGUGGAUAUCGCCGCUGGCAACAAACUUGUGGACAUGAUCAAGCCACUGGCCAGGGCAACUUCCCGUCCAGGAUGUAAUGCAGAGCUGGGAGGUUUUGCUGGACUGUUUGACCUUAAAGCUGCAGGGUUCAUCGAUCCGAUCCUGGUAGCUGGAACUGAUGGAGUUGGGACCAAACUUAAGGUUGCCCAGGCAUGUGGGCAACACGGCAGCUUGGGUCAAGACCUGGUGGCCAUGUGCGCCAACGACGUGCUGGCUCAGGGCGCCGAGCCGCUCUUCUUCCUGGACUACUUCUCAUGCGGCAGCCUGGACGUGGAUGUGGCCGCCGCGGUGGUCGCAGGUAUCGCCAAAGCGUGCGAGAUGGCCGGCUGCGCGCUACUCGGUGGCGAGACUGCAGAAAUGCCCGGCGUCUACGUUCCGGCAGAGUACGACCUAGCCGGGUUCUGCGUGGGGGCGGCGGAGCGGAGGGCCCUGCUGCCUCGGCUGGCGGACAUCGGCGAGGGAGACCUGCUGAUCGGCGUGGCGUCCUCUGGUAUCCAUAGCAACGGCUUCAGCCUGGUACGCAAGGUCUUGGAGCAGACGCGUCUCAGCUGCAGCUCCCCAGCACCUUUUGGUAAACCAGGACAGACUAUUGGGGAGGUUUUGCUGACGCCGACAAAGAUCUACAGUCGUGCGCUCCUUCCGAUCCUGCGCAGCGGUGCCGUCAAAGCGUGCGCUCACAUCACUGGAGGAGGACUUUUGGAAAACAUCCCUCGGGUUGUGCCCCAGGAGCUGACUGUCGAUUUAGAUGCGUCUCGUUGGAGCAUCCCUCCAGUGUUUUCCUGGCUGCAGAAGGAGGGCGGCCUGAGCGAGCGGGAGAUGAGCCGCACCUUCAACUGUGGCUUGGGGGCGGUGCUGGUGGUCGCCCCCGUGGACGCUCAGAGGGUCUUGCGGCAACUGCGAGCCCACGAGGAGGCCUGGAUUGUGGGCUCGCUCGCUCACAAGCCACCUGGUGCAGAGUCUGUGGUGGUCCGUAAUCUCAACCACAGCCUGCUAAACACUGGUCCAGCCUCCAAGAAUGGCAGUUGCCUCUGUGAUACCAGCAUUCCUCACAAGAGGACCAGAGUUGGGGUUCUCAUCUCAGGCACAGGUACCAACCUUCAGGCGCUGAUCGAGCAGGCCAAGCGUCCGUCGAGCUGCGCGGAGAUCGUAGUGGUCAUCUCCAACAAGCCUGGAGUUGAGGGUCUCAAGAGAGCGGCACUGGCCGGCAUCCGGACACGGGUGGUGGACCACAAACUGUACGGGAGCCGAGCAGAAUUUGACGGCACCAUCGACCGCGUGCUGGAAGAAGUUGGGGUGGAGUUGGUGUGUCUGGCUGGAUUCAUGCGGAUCCUCACAGGAUCUUUUGUCAAGAAAUGGAACAGUAAGCUUUUGAACAUCCAUCCCUCCCUACUGCCCUCCUUCAAGGGCCUGAAUGCCCAAAAGCAAGCUCUCCAGGCCGGCGUGCGGCUCAGCGGCUGCACAGUCCACUUCGUUGUCGAGGACGUGGACGCGGGGGCCAUCGUCGUGCAGGAGGCCGUGCCGGUGUUCAGCGGCGACACAGAGGGAAGUCUCGCUGACAGAAUCAAAGAGGCCGAGCACAGGGCCUUCCCCGCGGCUAUGGAGCUCGUAGCCAGUGGAGCCGUCCAGCUCGGUGACGACGGACGUGUGGUCUGGAGGUCCAAGUUGCAGCAGUAGUACUAACACAGUCAAGGAAAUGUGGAGUUUGACACUGGAGGAAGGUGGCCUUUGGGGGGACGGGAACAUUCCAUAUGCACAUGAAUGCUAAUGCAAUUAAAGCAACAUUUCUGUAGGAUUCUAA